AUGAAGGGGUUCGGAGCUCAAGUUGACGGCUCCGACAAGGAGGUACUCUCCCGUCUAUUCGACAAGGCUUUCGCUCAAUAUUGGAUGAUACAGUGGUGUCAUCAAGGACCCGAACACUUCUGCACGUUCCCAGAGGAACUGAACAGUGCAAUGAUGCUAUGGCGUGAUCGUAUGCCGGCGUUGGUGGAGGCGCAUGUACAGGCUGCAUCGGGCACCGUUGGCGGUGGUUCAUCUUCCUCGAAAUUGAUGGGAAGAGGUGAACAGAAUAGCAUGGCGUUCCCCCUUGAACAGUUGGAGCUCGCAUUCCAGCUCUGUAUGAUAGGUUGCAGUGAAUUGGAUGUAAUAUCACGAAAUGAUGAAAUUGCUGAUAUCCACACUGACAACCUCAAGUACCUUAUGCUGCCAUACUUGGCAGCUCAUGUCACUAUGCAAAAACCAGGUCUAUCAGAUCGAGCAGUACGUAUCAGGCGGAGCAUGGUAUACGUCACGGAGUUCCUGCAUACACUAGCACGGUUAGGGAUAUUGGGGCAACGUGAAUCUGUAUACUGGGACCGUUGCUUAGGUGACAUACCAACCGAACGAAGGGACUUCAGGGUCGCAUCAACGAAACAGUCUAUAGAAAUAUUAGGCUCGUUGAGGUCAGUAUUCAACUGCCCGGAGAAUAUUGAAAGGUUCUUCGCCCAAGCAAACUCAAUGUCAAACGAUGAAGAAGCGGCAAGGGCACACCUAUUAAAACUGCUACAGCUGUUCUCAUCCGAGGCGAUCAAUCUGUAUGAUAUGGUAAAAAUAGAAAUGCCAAUGCUAUCCAGGUACGACCAUGAAUCUAGGGCAGGUGCCCGUGAUAAAAGGGAGCCGCCAUCACAGGGCAAACCUUCGGGUAAACCUUGGUUAAUACAUGUAGAUGGAAAGUCGAAACUGGACCCGACAACGGCACAUUUCCUAUACAAACAACUGAUAUUCGUACCGGGGCACCGCCUACCGGAAAUAUCACUAGAUGAAUGCGCUAGGAUAGAAAUGGAAAUGGAUGUCAAGACCAUUGGAGCCAAGAAGGAUGAAGGUGCAAGGAUAGCCUCUAGAGAGGGUUACAGUGCCGAUAGCGAAGGCAGUGAAUCGGACUACACCAGUGAUUCACGUGAUGACGCUGAAGUAGCAAAAGAAAAAGCUAAGUGGGAUGACUGGAAAGAUGAUCAUCCAAGCGGAAGCGGGAACAAGAACCGCAACGUAGGAUAA